UAUUAGAAAUAUAAAGGUCAAUUAAGCCACCCAUCUCAUUUAAAUACCCACCCACCCAUCCCUCCCUUCUUUAGCCUCCACUUCAAAACUGUAGCCUCUCAAAAGAAGCAACAGAACAUACUAAUUAAGCAGAGAAGCUCAAUGGGAAACUGCUUAGUUAUCAUCCACGAGAAGCAGAAAGCCAUCAACCAAUCAUCACUCGCCACACAACUCAUUCCGGCGGCCGGAGUGCAAGAACGAAAGAAUAUUCCGAUCGCCGGCAGCGGCGGCGCCGCCGUAAGGAUAAAGCUUGUGAUAAGUAAGCAGGAGCUGAAGGAGAUGAUAAGGAGUGGGAAUUUCUCUAUUGGUGGCUUAAUCUCUGGACUUUCAGCAGAGGAAAGCAGAGAUUUUGAGGGGGAAUUAAGAAGCUUGGGGUGGAGUCCUGCUUUGGAGAGCAUACCAGAAGGGAAUGAUCUAUGAUAAUGGAGAGAUUAUAGGAAAAAAAAUAUAUGUAAGGAUAGUUUUAUGUUUAUUUUAAGAUUAGUGUAAUAUAAUAGUUAUUUAUGAGGUAUUUAUGUGCAUGACACAAAAUUUUCAUACC